AUGGCUAGGAUUCAUAAAACCAUAGGUUCUGGUGACCCUAAACCUAGGGAUGUUGAUAGGCCCAGGGAGUCUAGGCUAAGGAAGACUCCGGUGAAGGGGUCCCAACAGAUAGCUAACUUUAAGGCUAAGUACUUCAUUCCUGUCAGCGUCACUAUGAUCGAACUGAUGCCCUUCUACACCAAGGCUAUCACUGAAGGGGGAUCAGUGUAUCCCUCUCAGCGGCCUAUGGCUGCUAAGAAUUUGGGCCCUGACGGCUCAUCUAUUCAGUCGGCAGUAGGUACGUUAAGGGUGCCGUCAUGCCAACAACCUCAACGCACUUCGCCAAGGAUUCCUCUAGCACCACCUAUCCAUAAUGGUCAGGAUCAAGGGGUAGUCCAUCCUCAGGAGGACCUUGAGCAAGAGAUAAGGGUGAAAGGGACGCCAUGA